AUGGAACUGAAUCUUCACAACCACAUAUCCUUUAUUCAAAGUGCAAUUAAACCAACAACCACAGCAGGCUUAGACACAUUUACCAAAUCACAAAUGGAGUUUGAGCACUCACUACAUAGCACACCAAAGCAAUCAGUUUCUGAUAUUGACAACAACAUCAAAACGAAGAGCAGCAGGAACCAUUAUGAACUGCGACAUACACCAAUCAAACAACACGACCCAUCAUCCUUUCAAAAGCAGGCUCUGCUGCCGACAUUUAUAUCGGAACAUGAAAUGCCAACCGAUGAUGACUUGAUGCACAAUUUGGGUGCUAUUGAAAGCAAUGUCAGUGAAGCUUUGAACGAGUUGAGCUCCACAUAUAAGACCAUUGGCUACUCUUCUCGCGAGAUUGCCUCGAAAAAGACAGAAAUAUUUACUGCGAUACAUACCACAAUCAAUAAUUUUGCCGAGAGCUUGCAACGAGAACAAACCACAAUUGAAAAUGAAUGUGAAUGGCUACGGCAGCAAAUAUUGAUAAUAUUGGCUAUGAUAAAUGAUCAAAAAGGUGAUAAAUCGCUAAACUUACUACAAAGGGGACUUGUGUUUGCCAAUGAAGAACAAUACUCCGAUGGAUACAAGCAAGACAUUUUAACAAAAUUAUCCAAUUCAAAUUAUUUUUUACCUGUUUCAAAGGAAGAGAAAGGACAUGAUGAUGGACAAGAGUUGACUAUUGAACAGCAGUAUGACUACAUGACUCAGAAUAUACCCAAAUUGACCUUGAUUGAACAACGUUCCCAAUUAAAUGACGUAUUUAUUGCCGUAUUGAAAUUAUUUGUAGCAAAAUUCAAGAAGUUCAAUGCUUUAAAUAUGGAGUAUGCAAAUUAUACCGAUAUUAUGGGCGAUGGUGAGUUGGAACUUAUGGGAGAUAUGCACGACUCAAUACCGUCUAAAAGAGAUGCCGAAAUGCACUAUUCGGUAAUUACUGAGUUUGAAGAGCAAGUGAAAAUUGCUAUGCCCGCUAAAAGUGCUACUGGACCCAGUUCUGCAAAUCUUUUUAUUUUAGCGAGCCCUCAUAAAUCUCAUCAUCUCCAACAACAUCAACAACAACAACAACAACAAUCUCUGGCACAUGAGGAUAGCUUGGAGAUUGAUAAUUCACGUAUUGACCGACUAAGAGAGCUAAACUACCAAUUGGUGCGCAUCAUUAGAAGCUUGAAGAUAACUAAAAUCUCAAAUGAACUUAUGCUAAAUUUAAAGGAACAUACUGAGACUAUAAGAGAACUUAUUGAGCAACGCAAAGCUUUGAUGCAAAGUCUAGCACAAACAUCACUCGAUUGUCUCAACUUACUACAAUUGUCUGAUGAUCAGUUUGUUGGUCUUCAAAAAUCUCACAUUUCGUCACCACUACCUUCUCAUUUACCAAUUACUGUACAAGGUCUUCGAUCAAUAACCAAGAAUCCACAAUCUUAUGGCAUGCAUACUGACCAAGUCCGGUACUUGGAGAAAAUCGAAGAUUUUUUGAAAGAAAAGUUAGAUCACAGACAGAAGCAAUGGACGAUGUAUUCUGAAAAGUGCUCAAGGUUGUGGGAGAAGUUGGGUGAAACCCAGGAAUAUAUUGAUGAAUUCAUACAGAGAAAUAAUUCUCUAUCUGAAUAUGCUAUGCGUAACUUUGCACUAGAGCUUAAUAGAUUGAUGAUCCAAAGGUCAGAGUACAUUGAAACUUUUAUCACCGAUGCACGAAAAGAAAUUGAUCAACUUUGGGACAAAAUGUUUUAUUCACAAGAGAUGCGCAUGGAAUUUCAAUUUUAUUCAUAUGAUGCUGAUUUAGAUGAUACAGAUAAGGAAACAGUACUCAACUGUCAUGAAGAAGAAAUCGUGAAGCUUAAACAAGAAUAUGAUAGUAAGGCGUCGGUUUUUAAGCUUUACAACGAGUUGGGUGAUUUGAUCAAAGAUCAGAAAUUCUUACAGGAAAGUUCGAAAAAUAGUUCAAGACUAUUGGACAAGAACUCGUGUAAGAUUUUGCUCAAUGAGGAGAAAUUGCGGAAAAAAAUUAACAAAAACAUGCCCACAGUCAUUGCAUCCUUGAAACAAGCUAUAAGUUCGUACAAUCGUUCAGCAUCGCUCAAUGGAAGCAAACCGUUGAUGAUGAACGGAAAGGAUUUCUUUGAAGAGAUUUUACUUAUUGAAUCAGAGCAGCAAAGGUCGGGUGUACGGAUGCGACCAAGAACAUCGGCAUCACCUCAAAAACGAGUAAGUUCUGCUCGUAAUUCACCGGAAAAGCGCAACAAUUCAAAUCAAUUUAGAGUACCUUCAAAUACAAGAUUAAGAAUCAACAAAUCACCGGUUUACUCAAGACCGCCUUCAUAUAGUCAAACUAAACUUCAAAAUCUUAAUCAAAACCAGAACCAGAACCAGAACCAAAACCAAAACCAACGCCGAAGUCCAAGCAAUGACAAAAAUCAUAUUUCAAUUCUGAAUCAAAAUCAAAAUCAAAAUCAAAAUCAAUCUACAACUCAAAGCCGUGCAUCUUCAGGAGCAACUACUAGGCAUUUCAGCAACCCAUUGAAAAACCUGAUAAUCAAUUCUUCUUCAAUAACUAUGCUGCUUAGUCCUGAAAAGAGUAGCAGGUCAAAUUCACAAUUUGGCUCGCCGCCUAUCAAGGACAUUGGACAACCUUUACGGUCGCCUUUAAAAAUAAGAGACCUUAACAGCAAACCUCCAGGUUUAAAGCCUGAUUACUCGCCUGGUUUGAAAUCCGAAACCACGUUGCAUUUCCAACCCACCACUAUUCAAUCUCAUUUUUUUGAGCAGAAUCAAUCUAAUGUUACGAGCAGCAACGUGAACGACUCAUCGACACUCAUAGGCGACGACUACAAUAAUUGGCGAGAGGAAAAAAUCCGUGAACUUCGAGAAAUGUAA